CUCCAGAAAAAGAGAAACACCCGUCAUCAAGUAUUCCCGAGUUUACACUAGACAUGCUUAUUCUACUUCUACUAGCCGACACUUUCUUCCUUUCCUACUCAUGCAUAUCCACCCCUUUAUCGUCAAGCUGUGGCUGCAGUACCUGUCCGUGUUCUUCCCCUCCAGUACAUCCACCUCCUCGUCCAAUCAAUCCGACCAUCGUUCAACCCCUCCCUGUCAAUCCUUCACAGUACAUUUUCUCAUCUCCAGUUCCUAGGGAUCCAUUUAAUAUGCCUAUCAAUGAGCCGCCAUUGCCGGAAUCUCCGCCGUACUUCUUCUUUACUCCGCAAACAAAAAUCGAAGAUGGUCCUUCUUAUUUAAACGAGCCGCCACCAAAAUUCAUUUCGAAAGGGGGAGAAUAUCCGCGAAUACCUGCAACUGCUCGUACCUUCACCGGACCGGAUUCGACUUCUUCUGUUGAGAGAGUCAAUGUCGGAAGCAGCUACGAAACCCCAUACUCGGCUCCACCGUCAAGGAUUCCACCCAAGAAAACUCACAUCGAAGUUGUGGUCCCAAUGACCACCAGCAACAUCUACAUUGAAGGAAAGGAGAUAGCACCUAAGCCAAUGACAACGACCGGUUAUCAGACGACAACACCCCCGCCUCGGACUCAAGUAUACGUUUCUACUCCAGGAUCUACUCGUAGACCUGCCCCUGUUUCCGGCCAAACGGUAGCCACGGAGCAGACGCAGACUUCGUUUGUAGCUGAGGAUGAUCCUGCAGAGGACAACGAUGAAAGCGAGUUAGAAACAACGACUGUUGACAUCUCCGUGAGGAAGUCCAAUCAUUCUUCUCUACGCAAGCAAAUUGAGGUGACAAGCAGCGACAUCGCCAAAGAAACAAAUGAAUUCAUGCGUCGAUCUGAGGAUGAUGCGAAGCCUAUGUUCUUGACGUACUAUAAUCAAGAGUGCAACGGUGUAAUGGUGGCGAUGUUGGAUAACACGACCAUAUUACGAGCGACAGAAGAAUGCUUGAAGCUGGGCUGUAAAGCAGUGAAUGCCGAAGUGCAUCCAAAUGGUCGCUACACGUUUACCUAUCUCACUUCCGUCACGAACAGAUCGAAUCGGAAAGGAUUCUAUUGCAUGUCAGUGAAUCCAGUUCCGAUGGCACAAAAAGCGGAUCUAGCGUCAAGCAGUACAAAAUUCCUGGAGCCAGCUAAGCCAUCGGAAAAUCCUUACAGAUCAAGACUACUUUAUCACCAAACUAGGUGGCUGUAGCCGCCUAUGAGCUCAAACGCAAGCCUCAAAACUCGAGAUACCAGCUCUUUCACAUAAACUUUUAUUACGAUUUAAUUAAAGUUGUAAAUACGUCU